UCAACAGUCCUACUUGCUACUGCGUUCGUCUCUCGGGUGUUAUCGCACGGUAUCAUAGGCGAGUUCAUCACCGACGGCAUCCGCAACAAUGGCUUCCCAACCGAUGCUAUCUACAGAAUUCAAAACGGCAAUCCUGUCCCAGACAUUGCUGCGUGGUCUACUGAGGCUGUUGACCGAGGCUACAUUGAGCCCAACAACGUCGGAACUCUGGACAUUGUUUGCCAUAAGAAUGCCGUCCCAGGUGUUCUGACAGCCGAAGUCACCGCGGGCGGUAAAGUUGACUUCGUGUGGCCAGACUGGCCGCAUAACAUCGGUCCUGUGCUGACCUACAUCGCGUCCUGCAACGGUGACUGUGCCUCGGCCGACAAGUCCAUUUUAAAGUGGGUCAAAAUUGACGAGGCUGGAUAUGACGGCACUUGGGCUGGACAGAAGCUCAUGGACAACAAUUUCACCUGGACGACGACAGUGCCCUCCACCAUCGCUCCUGGUAACUACGUCUUCCGCAACGAAAUCAUCAACCUUCAUGAUGGUGCAUUGAGGGACGGUGCACAGCUAUAUCCUCAAUGCAUGAACAUUCGUAUCGUUGGCUCGGGCACCGACUCUCCUGCCGGUUUGUUGGGUACUGAGCUCUACAAGGCCGACGAUACGGGCAUUCUUUUUGACCCCUAUGCUAAAAUCAUCAACUAUACGCCUCCUGGUCCCCCGUUGUACAGU